GGCCCUUUUAGAGUCCCCAGCUCUGCAGCAGCCUUGGGGAGGCCUGUGGGGUGGACUGAGGCCCAGUGAGGACCCACGGGCUGACCGGGACCCCCGCUGUUCGCUGCGGCUGCCCCAUGCACAGGUCUCGGUGGGAGAAGCCUACCUGGUGCACACAGACCAGCUCUAUUCCCGCUCCGACUUCAACAACUACGUGGCUGCCCUGUACAAGGUGCUGGGGACCUUCCUGUUUGGGGCGGCCAUGAGCCAGUGUCUGAUGGACCUGGCCAAGUACACUAUCGGCCGCCUGCACCCCAACUUCCUGGCCGUCUGUGACCCCGAGUGGAGCCGGGUCAACUGCUCAUUCUCCCUGCAGCUGGAGAGGGUGUGCAGGGGAAACGUUGCUGACGUCACCGAGGCCAGGUUGUCUUUCUACUCUGGACAUGCCUCCUUUGGGAUGUACUGCAUGGUGUUCCUGGUCUACGUGCAGGCGCGGCUCUGCUGGAAGUGGGCGCGGCUGCUGCGGCCCACGGUCCAGUUCUUCCUGGUGGCCUUUGCCCUCUAUGUGGGCCACACCCGCGUGUCUGAUCACAACCACCACUGGAGCGACGUCCUUGCUGGCCUCCUGCAGGGGACGCUGGUGGCUGGCCUCACUGUCCGCUACAUCUCAGACUUCUUCAAAGCCCGAUCUCCACAGGACUGCCCAAAGGAGGAGGAGCUGGAACGGAAGCCCAGCCUGUCACUGACAGUGACCCUGGGCGAAGCUGACCACAACCACUAUGGGUACCUGCACUCCUCCUCCUGAGGCUGGACCCCGCCCAAGCAGGGAGUGGCUGUGAGUCCAGCUGAGGCCGGCCCCCCAGGUGGUCUCUCUGGCCCUGGGUAGGCACUGAGGGCUCCGGAUGGGAUCCAAGAACCCUGAGCAGGCUCUGAAGCCCCCUGCCCUGUACUGGACCAGGGGUCUGGGGAGGCCUAGGUAGCCCUGGGCAUUUGGAGGGGGACCUGUUCCCGUAGCUCCCCAAAUAUCCCCAUUCUUUUAUGGGGUUAAGGAAGGGACUGUUUUGUA